AUGGGCAACGUCCCCACUGCUGUCAAACAUUGCCUGAGUUAUGAAACUCUCACACGGGAACAUCCUUGGCUGGCCGGUCUUCCUCAGGGAGAGAAGUAUGCUGCACUACACAAGUUCCCAGAAUCUGUUAAAAUUGUGGAGGUCGGGCCAAGAGAUGGACUUCAGAAUGAGGAGAAAAUCGUUCCGACAGGGGUCAAAAUCCAGCUAAUAAACAUGCUGUCCCAGACGGGCCUGGCUGUGAUCGAGGCCACCAGCUUUGUUUCCUCUAAGUGGGUUCCACAGAUGGCUGACCACACUGCAGUGCUUCGAGGAAUUAACCUGUUACCUCAUGUUCGAUACCCUGUUUUGACACCUAAUAUUCAAGGCUUCCACGCUGCAGUUGAAGCAGGAGCUACUGAAGUGGCUGUUUUUGGGUCUGCCUCAGAGACCUUCAGUCAAAAGAACAUCAACUGCUCCAUAGAAGAAAGCCUGCAAAGGUUUGAAAAGGUCAUCAGUUCUGCUAAAGAGGCGCACAUACCAGUGCGGGGGUAUGUCUCCUGUGCGCUGGGUUGCCCGUAUGAAGGAUUAAUAACACCAGCUCAAGUCACAGAGGUGGCAAAGAGGUUGUAUGAGCUUGGUUGCUAUGAAGUCUCCCUGGGGGACACCAUUGGUGUGGGUACUCCAGGCUCCAUGGCCAAGAUGCUGAACAGCGUUAUGACGGAGGUGCCCUGUCACUCGCUUGCUGUUCACUGCCACGACACCUAUGGGCAAGCCCUUGCCAACAUCUUGACUGCACUGCAGAUGGGGAUUUCUGUGGUGGAUUCCUCUGUAGCGGGCCUUGGUGGUUGCCCAUAUGCUAAGGGGGCCUCUGGUAACGUCUCAACAGAGGACGUCCUGUACAUGUUACACGGCAUGGGCAUUGAAACGGGUGUGGAUCUGUCCAAAGUAAUUGAUGCCGGCGAGUUCAUCUGCAAAGCUUUAAACCGUACAACCAACUCCAAGGUUGCUCAGGCCACCAGCAAGUCCAACCCACCAGCUGACAUAUUCACAUAA